AUACGGUGUGCACUUGAGUGCGUCUUAAUGAAAGGGACUUGUACAUCAUACAACAUGAGACAAGACAAACUGUGUGAACUGAAUGGACUAGGUGAGGGUGAGCCAGUUACAAGUACAGAUCGCUACUACUAUAGACCAGUAGGAUAUUGUGGUGCAGCUGUGGCUACAACCAGUGGUGAUGCAGCUGUGGCUUUAACAACCAGUGGUGAUGCAACUGUGGCUACAACAACCAGUGGUGAUGCAGCUGUGGCUUUAACAACCAGUGGUGAUGCAACUGUGGCUACAACAACCAGUGGUGAUGCAACUG